AUGAAGGCCAAGGCGGCCGCUCUCGCGGUGUCGUCAAUCGCGCUGCUGCUGCUGUCGCCCCCGGCAGCGGCAGCGGGCAUCGGGUCGUAUCACGGCCAUCCCUCGCCGCACAGCGAGAGUCGCCACGCCCGACUGUUUCCCCUCCUCACCAAGCUUCGCGACGGCACCGUCGAGUUCUUCUUUGGCCGCCAUCCGACAAAGGCCGCCAAGCCCGCCGCCGUCGUCCCCGGCUCUGUGCGCGCCAAGUAUACAGACGAGCUUGUCCUGCGCUUCAACGUCAGCACCACGGACGAGGAAGCCGCCCUCGCUGACGCCGCCGCGCGACUCUUUCUCGACGUAUGGGCUUUCACGCGUGACUAUGUCGACAUUCGUCUGCACGCCGACGAGGUCGGCCCGUUACUGGGCCUCCUUCCCACAGCCCUUCAGUCGUCUCAUUCAACCCUGAUACCCGACUUGGCCUCGGCUGUGUACCGGUCACUGUCGUCGUCGGUCGAUCGCGCCGCGACAGAGGCCGAUGGUCUUCUCUGGGCGCCAGCGGCACCACUCCACAGCGGCGACAAUCUGUUCUUCCAAGACUACCAGCCGCUGCCCGUUGUCGUCCGCUGGAUGCGCCUCCUCGAGGCCAUGUUCCCCUCUUACGUCAAAUAUACUGUCAUUGGCAAAUCGUUUGAAGGUCGGGAAAUCCCUGCGUUGCGCGUCGGGCUACCAGCAGCGCCAGACGCCAAGGAGCCUCGAAAGACCAUCGUGGUUACCGGCGGCCUGCACGCGCGGGAGUGGAUCUCGACGAGCACGGUCAACUAUCUGGCUUGGUCUUUCAUUACUUCGUUUGGCAAGGAGCGCAUGAUCACCAAGCUCCUGGAACAUUACGACAUUGUCUUCGUGCCCGCCGUCAACCCAGAUGGGGUCGAGUACACGUGGCAGGUCGAUCGCCUUUGGCGCAAGUCCCGCCAGGAGACCAGCAUCCGCUUCUGUCGCGGGCUGGACCUGGAUCAUGCUUUCGGGUACGAGUGGGACGGGUCGCAGGCCCAAAACGACCCUUGCUCCGAGAGCUAUGGCGGCGAGCAGCCAUUCCAAGCUGUCGAGGCCAUCCAGCUGGCUACGUGGGCGCGCAACGAGACUCUCAACAAUGUGCAGUUUGUCGGCCUCCUCGACCUCCACUCGUACUCGCAGCAGGUUCUCUUUCCCUACUCAUUUUCGUGCGCGAUUGACCCCCCAAACCUGGAGAACCUGCAAGAGGUUGCGACGGGAAUCUCCAAGGCCAUACGGAUAUCCAACGGGGAGUCGUACUCGGUCACAUCGGCGUGCGAGGGAGCAGUGGCUGCGGACGAGUCGCAACGUGACAAGUUUCGGCAACGCGUCGAAUCGGGCGGCGGUUCUGCCAUCGACUGGUUCUACCACGAAAUGCGUGCGCAUUUCAGUUAUCAGAUCAAGCUGCGCGAUACCGGUUCCUACGGAUUUCUGCUUCCCAAAGAGCAAAUCAUCCCGACGGGCGAGGAAAUGUUCAACGCGAUGAAGUACUUUGGAGACUACUUGCUGGGCAACAACGGGAUCGAGAGAUUCGAUGGUCACGAGGCGGACAGCGGAGUCCAUUUCUCCACGUCAGAUCGAGGGGACGACAGCAUGAGCAACCACGAACUCAGAAGGCGACGCGCACGCAGAUGA